AUGUCGUCAGAAACCCCCUCCAUACCAACCCUCCACACCAAAGCCGAGUACCUCAAAGCCGUCAUGUACGAAGGCGUCACCAUCCUCGAAGGCACAGCCACCUGGUGCAAGAACUGCCACAUCGUCGCCCCUGAAGUCGCAAAGAUGGUGGCUGAGUACCCAAACGUAAAGUUUUACACGUAUGAUGUGGAGGAGUGUGAGGAUAUUGCGCAGGAGCUGGGGGUUAGGAGUAUGCCGUCGUUUAGUGUGUUUAAGGAUGGGGAUAUUAUGGAGGGGGUUACCGGGGCGAGGCCGAAGGAGGUUAGGAGGGCUAUUGAGGGGUCGGGCUGA